CAGCCGAGACGUUCACCGCUUGGUGCCAACGGCGCGGGUCUGUUCUUUCUGCCACCUCCGCCUUCGCGGUCCUUACCCCUUAGCGGGUGAAGUCCCCUUUGGGUUUUGAGACUUUGAGGCCUGAGGCCCAAACUCCUGACGACCCCUCCCUCCUAUCCUCUCAUCCUCCAUCUCUUUUCCUUUCCACCACCGGACCAUUUGGCCGUCCCGCUGUGCUUUGAGGCUAAGUUUGGGGCGGUAAAGGUUACAUUACCUGGGGGAGAGCGGCCCCCCUGUGGACAAAGGCCAAGGCAAGAAAAGAGCUGGCCUAAGGCCGCUGGCGAUGAGAAUUGGCGUCUGAGAAGGGUGAAUAAGAGAAGGAAAAAAAAAAGUACAUCGGAUACAGGAUAUAGAAGGAACUGAAAAGGACUUGUUGCACGAUGGAAGAAUCUGACUCUGAGAAAAAGAUGGAAAAAGAGAAUCUGGGGCCAAGAAUGGAUCCUCCAGUGGGGGAACCUGAGGGAUCUCUUGGGUGGGUGCUACCAAAUACAACCAUGAAGAAAAAGGUGCUGUUGAUGGGUAAAAGUGGGUCUGGUAAGACCAGCAUGAGGUCUAUUAUCUUUGCAAAUUAUAUUGCCAGAGACACACGUCGCCUGGGUGCAACAAUACUAGACCGUUUACAUAGUCUUCAAAUUAAUAGCAGUUUGAGCACCUACUCUCUCGUAGACUCUGUUGGAAAUACAAAGACAUUUGAUGUUGAACAUUCUCAUGUUCGGUUUUUGGGAAACCUGGUAUUGAACCUAUGGGACUGUGGUGGGCAAGACACUUUCAUGGAAAAUUAUUUCACUAGCCAGCGGGACAACAUCUUCCGAAAUGUGGAGGUUCUGAUUUAUGUCUUUGAUGUAGAAAGCCGCGAACUGGAAAAGGACAUGCACUAUUACCAAUCAUGCUUGGAAGCCAUUCUGCAGAACUCUCCAGAUGCCAAAAUCUUUUGCUUGGUGCACAAAAUGGAUCUGGUACAGGAGGAUCAACGGGAUUUGAUUUUUAAAGAGCGAGAAGAAGAUCUGAAGCGUUUGUCUCGCCCAUUGGAAUGUUCUUGUUUCCGAACAUCUAUCUGGGAUGAAACUCUGUAUAAGGCUUGGUCCAGCAUUGUUUAUCAGCUGAUUCCCAAUGUUCAGCAACUGGAAAUGAACCUAAGAAAUUUUGCUGAAAUUAUCGAGGCUGAUGAAGUACUUCUAUUUGAGAGAGCUACUUUUCUGGUGAUUUCUCACUAUCAGUGUAAAGAGCAGCGUGAUGCCCACAGAUUUGAGAAAAUCAGCAACAUUAUCAAACAGUUCAAACUGAGCUGCAGCAAGCUAGCUGCUUCUUUCCAGAGCAUGGAAGUCAGGAACUCUAACUUCGCUGCUUUCAUUGACAUCUUUACAUCCAACACUUAUGUGAUGGUCGUGAUGUCUGAUCCCUCCAUUCCUUCUGCAGCUACUCUGAUCAAUAUCCGAAAUGCCAGGAAACAUUUUGAAAAGCUGGAAAAAGUGGAUGGACCAAAGCAGUGUCUUCUUAUGCGCUAAACAUU